UACAAAAAUCAACUAAAAACGAGUUUGUCUUUUCUUUCUCAAUUUUUUUCGAUAUUUCUUUGCUUUCUAUGGAAAAAUAUGGCCAAACCAACGGGAGAAUUACUUGCUAAGCUUCGCUCGGCCAUGAAGAACAAGGCAUACGUGCCAGACUUGCUUCAAGCUUAUAUUAUACCAAGUGAAGACGCUCAUCAGAGUGAGUACAUUGCAUCAAGCGACUGCAGGAGACAAUUCAUAUCUGGAUUUACUGGCUCCGCAGGAACAGCGAUUGUAACCCAGUCCAAAGCGGCUUUAUGGACGGAUGGUCGAUACUUCCUGCAGGCCGAGCAACAACUGGACAGUAACUGGACGCUAAUGAAAGCUGGGCAAACUGAUACACCUUCCCAAGCAGACUGGCUUGCUCAGGAACUACCAUCAGGGAGUCUGGUUGGUGCAGAUCCAUGGCUUAUGUCAUUUGAUAGCUGGGAAAAAAUAAGAAAGACGUUAAAGCUCAGCGGAGUUUCUUUGGUGAAAUCCAGAGAAAACUUGGUUGAUGUUGUUUGGCGGGAGUUUGGGAAACCAGAGCCACCAAUGAACGAAGUGUUUAUUCAUGAUAUCAAAUAUGCAGGUCAAAAAUGGCAGGACAAGGUUUCGGUUGUCCGUAGCAAAUUAAAGGAGAAAAAGGCUUCUGCAGUCGUGUUUACCGCCUUAGAUGAUGUCGCGUGGCUGUUUAAUCUUCGUGGCUCUGACAUUGUUUACAAUCCCGUUUUCAUGGCAUAUGCAAUCGUCACCGACAAAAAAGUGUGUCUGUUCAUUGAUGAAUUGAAACUGAGCAAGAAUAUUUACGAACAUUUAUCGGUAAAAGAUGAAGUCGAUGAAUGUCUCUCAAAUGAAAAUAAAGUUACGCUUAGACCAUACGAGGAUAUUUCUAAUGCUGUAGACGAAUUGGUUAGCUUGUGCCCCGGAAAGAUAUGGAUAAGCGGUUCUUCCAGCGCGGCACUAAAUACACUUAUACCAAAAACAAGACGACUGUCAGAAAUGUCUCCGGUGACCAAACUGAAAGCGGUUAAAAAUGAUGUCGAAAUAGAAGGAAUGAGAAACGCUCACAUCCGAGACGCCACGGCUUUGUGCGAGUAUUUUUGUUGGCUCGAAAAGGAAGUUCCGACCGGAACACUGACCGAAAUAUCUGCCGCAAACAAACUGGAGGAACUUCGAAGUAAACUGGAUGAUUUUGUUAGUCUUAGUUUUUCAACAAUAUCAGCUUCGGGUCCACACGGGGCAAUAAUUCACUACAGACCAGCUGAAAGCACAGAUCGAAGGCUCACCUCUGAGGAGGUGUAUUUAUGCGAUUCGGGGGCACAGUACAGGGAUGGUACGACAGAUGUAACGCGCACUUUUCAUUUUGGAACUCCGAACGACUUCCAAAAGAAAUGUUUCACACGAGUCGUAAAAGGUCACAUAGCUUUAGCAAAAGCUGUUUUCCCGAACAAAACGAAAGGUUCCAAACUCGAUUCCUACGCGAGGUACAGUCUUUGGGAAGGUGGUCUAGAUUACAGACAUGGAACAGGUCAUGGUGUCGGUGCGUUCCUAAAUGUUCACGAAGGUCCUCAGGGAAUUGGCGCCAGAACGAACGAUGAACCACUGGAAUCUGGAAUGUUUGUUUCAGAUGAGCCUGGUUUCUAUCAAGAGGGUUCAUUUGGUUUUCGAAUUGAAAGCAUAUUACUUUUAAAACCAGUCACUUUGGAGAACAACUUCAGUAAUAUUGGAUAUCUUGGAUUUGAACCAGUAACAUUGUUUCCUAUUCAAACUAAGAUGUUGGUACCAGCCAUGUUAAGCCCGGAAGAAAUCAAUUGGUUGAACGAUUACCACGAAAUGUGCCGCGAGAAGGUUGGGGAGAUGUUGCGCGAGCACGGAAAAAUGGUGGCAUACCGCUGGCUGAUGAAGGAAACUGAGCCUCUUGGAUAACAAAUAUUUGUUGAAAAAUUAGUUUUUUAAGCCAAACUGCAAGCUUAAUAUUCACAACCCGUUGAGAAAUAUUUGUUUUAAUGGAAUUUAGCUGGGAAAAUUUGUUUAAAGACGAGAAUAUUCUUCUACCAAACUAUACAAAUAUUUUAGUAAUUUAGAAAUAUCGUUAGAUAGAACUAUUCGGUGUUGAAAAUAGGAAUUAAAGGGACUAUUAUCAUUGUCAUUUUUGUCAUAA